GUGGUGUCAGAGUGACUCAUCGCUACAAAUUUACCCUCUUUGCUCUGCUUGUUAAGCACGGUUGGGAUUUCACGUGAGUUAAGUGAAAAUGAGCAACCCCGAGGACCCUAAAGUGAGAACAACACCACAUGUAAUCAAAGAAGAGGUUUUGGCAGAAGGGAAAUGGGUAAAGCUGGAACAGACCACAUACGUGGACCCUGCAGGAAACACUAGAACCUGGGAGACGGCGAAGCGAACGACCAGGAGGAGCAACACAGAGGCAGAUGGAGUAGGAAUCGUCGCGCUGCUGAAGCGGACGCUCCAUAAAGACUGCGUCGUCAUGGUGAAGCAGUUCCGUCCUCCAAUGGGAGGCAACACCCUGGAGUUUCCAGCAGGACUGAUCGAUGAGGGGGAAACGGCAGAUGUGGCUGCGCUGCGGGAGCUGAAGGAGGAAACCGGCUACAAAGGAAAAGUGGUGGGAGUGACUCCAGUGACCUGCCUGGACCCCGGCCUGUCCAACUCCACCACCCAGAUUGUCCUGGUCGACAUCAAUGGAGACGAUGUGGAGAACGUCAACCCCACACAGCAGCUGGGUGACGGAGGUGAGUUUCAUCUUCUUUUUUUCCUUCACAAAUGCCUUUUUCUCUCCGGACGUACAAAUCAUCAUGCCGGCCUCGAUCGUCUCUUCCAGAGUUUGUCGAAGUCAUCCUUUUACCGCUCGAUGAGUUCCAGUGCAAAAUCGACAACCUGAUCCGGAAGGAGAAGAUCAUUGUGGACUCCAAGGUUUACAUCUUUGCCAUGGGAAUGACUCAGGCCUUCUUCAAGCCCAAGGAGCUGCCCAUCCUAAAGCAGUGAUGGAACCAGGAAGAGCUCGUCUUUACUGUGACACGUGCCUGGGAAUUUGAGGAUCCAUCUCUUUUUGAUCGAGGAAUUUUUGGAAAACGUCUGGAUUUGUGCUUUUUAAUCGAAAUCAGUCUUGUAUUCCAAUAUCGGUCUCGUUAGUCGUUUCGACAAAGCUGUAAAGAAAUAAUGGAAGAGAGCAGGGUCUAACUACAUUAACCUUUGCUCGCAAUGUCUUUCAUUCUCAACACGAGAUUUGUGUAAUGUCUGACAUUCCUCGAGAGAUGAUUAGGAACAUUUAACCGCAUCAAACCUUUUUCAUGUAGUUCUCAGAAAACAUUCCUUAAUAAUUGCUAACAAUGUUUUCAAAGAAUCUUGGCACAUUUGUUGCUAAAUUAGUUGUUAUGGUGAAUGUAAAUAUACCUGAUGAUGCAUUAACAAUGUGGGAGGGUGUUUUACUCUGCAGUGUACGGUUAUGGUAAUGCCAACCCAGUCAGCUGAUUGGGUCAUUCUGUACCCAAGUUUGUCAUCAACAUCCUACUGACCAUGGAAUAAAAAGUGAUUCUACCUGC